CCACAACUAGCAAAAAAUAAAAAAUAAAAAAAUCACGAUUCCACAUCUCCGACAUAUUACUAGAUAAUUUGGGGAAGAACUGGAAUUGGUUUUCGUCAAAGAGUUUUCCUCUUGCAGAUUUACUGUAUUUGUACACCAUGGAGAAGGGAAUACCAUGGAAUGAGCAGGUUGAUGUCAUAUCCUCGGAUGAAUCUUCUUCGUCCUCAGACUCAGAGAUUGAGGUUCGUGAUUCGCAUUCUGGCAAGCAGUUGUUGACCAAUGAUGCAAUUGAUCAACCAACCACUCAUGUACUUGAUCAACCUCUCAAAGACAUAACAUCUGAAGGUACAUUGAUCAAAAGGGCUGAGCUGUAUCAGGAUUACAUGAAACAAAUUCCAAUACCAACUCAUCGUGGCUCUCUUAUCCCAUUUACCUCAUGGAUGGGAUUAGGCAAAUCCAUCAAGCAGAUGUAUGGGCAACCUCUGCAUUACCUCACCAAUGUUCAGUUGAAGCAUUGGGAUCAAUUGAGGAUAGGGAGCGAGGAAGAAGAUAGACCAUUGGAUACCAUCGUUCACCCUUCUAAAGCAGAAGCAACCAUCUGGCUCCUUGAAGAAGUCCACCGGCGAACGACAUCCCAUUACCACAUAGCUAAACUCUGGCUGUUGGAUCCAAUGCACCAUGCUUUUGUUGACUCUAUUUUCCCACAACUUUGAAAACUUUUAGUUUUGACUGGCGCUUGUCGGUAUAAUGUUCUAGUUUUGCUCUUUAGUUUGCAUAUCCAGCUUGGAACUAUUUUUGAAGUUUGGAAUGAAAUACAAGCGAAUGUUCUUCAGUCAUUCUUCUUUUCUUUUUUCUAGUCUGCUUCUCAUAAGCUUUUCGUGUUUAAUCUUGGCAUAGAAUUGCCAUGGGGGGCAAUAUCUGCCUACUUUUGAUCGAGAUUUGCUUAUAAGUUAAACCCCGCCCAUGAUUGUUGGUAAUUUU